AUGAGUGGCAAUACUUUGUCGAAACCCUUGGACUCCAACCUCUUGCCCAACACUUCUCCAAUUCCUGCCAAAUCCGUGACCGGCUUCUCGCCCAUCGGUUCCGACACGAAGUUAUGGUGUUUCUGCGAUGUCGUCGACAUUCUUCACCAGUUGUGUGCUUUCAAUGGAUUGGACGGCGAGUCGAUUAGACUAAUCCAUCACAAGAGGAAUAUCAUGUCUAAGGCUACGAAGAAGAAACACGUGACACAGGAAGUGCUCAAUCACUUUGACUUACCACAAGAUAAUCAACAGAUCGUAAAAGUGAUAGCCAGUCGCGGCAAUAAUCUUCACCAAGUGGUGACCCCCGAUGGCGACAAUUAUCUCGUAUCGAUGCCACCGAAGUUCCGUAAAUGGAUUUGGAUUAAGAGAGGCGAUUAUCUGAUUGUGGAUCCGAUAGAAGAGGGAAACAAAGUGAAGGCAGAGAUCACUAAUAUAUUACUGAAGGAACAAAUCAAAUACAUUAAAGAUGAGGGAAAAUGGUCUGUGAUUUGA